AUGGUUUCUCGAACAUUCCUUGCAGGUGCUUUGGCUGCGCUCUCGGCUCGAGCUGUCGUCGCUGGACCAUGCCGACCUGUAUCUUCGUCUACCGUUCAAGUCUCCUACGCUUCAGCUACCACUGACUCUACCUCCGUCGCUAUCAUCUCUUCUUCUACCGAGAUUCAACUUACUGAAACUUUGUCCACCGAUACGCUGUCGACCGAGACUUCUCUCACUCUACCAACCGAUGUGACCACAUCUACAGUCGACGAAGCUAUCACCACCACUACCGAGGGCCUCACUACUACGGAGUUGACCACUUCAGUCGCCACCACCUAUCAUACUACUGAGACUACUGCCGUUGAGUCCGCAACGACUACCGCAUCCGAGACAACCACCAGCGAAGCCCCCGCAGUCCCUACUGCCUUCAAAUUCAUCUCUUACGGUGGCACCACCAAUGGUCUCGCCUUAAAAGCCACCAACGAACCAAGCAAUCACAUCCUCGUCGCAGACACCGUUCAAGGAAUCUUCACCUACGACUCCGAAACAGGACAGCUCUCGUGCGAAGGCCUAACCCUCUGCCUCUACCGCGAAGACUCAGAUUGGAACGCAGUAGUCAAGACGUGCUCAAGUCGGCCCAACCCAAGAGAUACCCCGCUCAUUUGUGAGAAGCCUGCCAAUGGUAACUUGAAGUGCCGAGUGCCUGGAGCUCGUUGUGAACAACAAGAACCAUGCCCUCCUGAGGUUCCUGAUUGUCCCAAUCCCAAGGAACCGACCACUGUGUGCAGGCCUACCGGUGAGGAGUGGUCGCAAUUCUUCGUCAAAACUUAUUUGGGUACUUGGUUUACAUUGCAUCUCGGUAUUGAGAAUCCAACUGCUGAACAGAAUGAUGAGUGGCAUCUUCAGCCUAUCAGACUACAAAUUGAGCCUGUUGACGAUUCAUAA